AUGGCUGUGUCGGGCGAGCGGCCGCACCUCUUUGCAUGUGUGGCCAUGCCCGCAGGCGUCGCCGCCAAUCGGAUCAUGGAGCCGGGGCCGGCCGCGAGCGCGCGUCCAAUGACCCGCCGCCAGUGGGUGACGCUGCUCACGUUCGGCCUGGUGGACUUCUGGUCGGCCGUCUGCCUCUCUCUGCAGGCGCCCCUCUUCCCGAGCGAGGCGGCAAAGAAAGGUGCCACCGCCAGCGAGUACGGCCUGAUAUUCGGCACGUUCGAGCUAACGAAGUUUAUCGUUUGUCCUCUGCUCGGGAGAUAUUUGCACAAGAUUGGACCAAAAGUUGUGUUCAACGGAGGAAUAUUUAUUACCUCAUCUUGCGCAAUUGCAUAUGGGAUCUUGGAUGUUUUUAGCGACACGGCACCAUUCUUGGUCUCAUGCUUUGUAGUUAGAACCAUAGAAGCAUGUGGUUACGCCAGUUUCUUGACGGCCAGUUUCACCAUCAUCGCAAAAGAGUUUCCGGACAACGUGGCAACAACGUUUGCUUCUCUGGAGACGUUUUUUGGAGUCGGUUUAAUUGUGGGCCCAAUGGUCGGAGGGGCACUGUACCAGGUCGGCGGGUACACGCUGCCGUUCGUCACCCUGGGCAGCAUUCUGUUCGGCACAGCACUCCUCACGCUCUUCGUUCUGCCAAACCAUAAAGAGCAAAUCGAUGUCGGUGAAAGAAAAGGCGGUAUUCGGAGAGCGUUGGCCGUGCCCGAUAUCGCCAUGGCCGCUUUCUCCAUCACCUGCGCCUCAUGCAGCAAUGGCUUCAUCGUGGUGCUCCUGGAGCCGCACCUAAGGCCGUUCGGCCUCUCGCCCGUGCUGCUGGGGCUGAUGUUCGUCAUCACCGGCGCCGUGUACGCCACGUGCGCACCGCUCUGGGGCUGGCUCUGCGACCGUCACGUACGACCUAAGCAGGCCACGGCAGCAGGCGCGCUGCUAGUGGCCGCCGGGUUCUCGCUGCUGGGACCAGCGCCGUUUCUGCCCUUACAGCCGAGUCUGGGAGUGAUAGCUGCCGCUCUCGCCCUCCACGGCGUCGGGUUCGGCGCCGAGGUGGUGGCCGCCUUUUUGGACGCCCACCGCGCGGCCAUACGCAGUGGCUUCCCGGAUACUGUGGAGACAUACGGCACCAUAUCGGGCCUGUGGGCCUCCAUGUUCGCCCUGGGCGCUUUCGUCGGACCAUGUCUCGCCGGCCUGCUUUACGACCACUUCGGCUUCGGGUACGCCUCACUGAUGAUCAUCGUGGUGCAUAUGGUUCUGUUCGUGGCGGUGAUGGUGUUCCUGUGCUUGCCGGACCGCGCCAUCCCCGAGCCGGUGAGCAGCGCGCCGCCGCUACCGGACGAGAAGUCGCCGCUGAUCUACAGCGACCUCUGCGACCGCCAUGACGCGUAUGGCGUCCAGGGUACCGACAACAGACUCUGGUGA